CGGAUCGAGCCGCGGCGCCGAAGACGGGAAGGACCUUUUUUUUUGUUGCGCUGCGCGAUGCCUCCCGCGGGCGCCACCGUUGCGCCCGGUUACGACCCAGCCCGGCUGCUCGCGACCUCCGUCCGGCCUCUCGCAAGCCCUGAAGCCUUGGCGAGCCACAGUUUGGGAAACGGGACCAAUAAAUCUGAAAACGGACUUUCCAAAGAUGGCGGACACCUUGAAUAUAUUGCUUAUUUCCUGAUUCCGGUAUUCUUCCUUGUGGGGCUGUUGGGGGUUUUAAUUUGUCACGUGCUAAAGAAAAAAGGCUAUCGAUGUACGACUGAAACAGAGGAAGAACAGCUUGGAGAAAAGAUAGAAUUGAACGAAAGCAUCAAUGAGAACAGCGACACCGUGGGACAGAUAGUGGAUUAUAUCAUGAAAAACGAAGCCAACGCAGAUGUGCUGAAAGCCAUGGUCGCGGAUAAUUCUGUGGGCGAUCCAGAAAGCCCAACCACUCCCGGCAGUCCAACGAGUCCCGGUUCUCCUUUGUCUCCUGGAGGUCCUUCGCCAAAACACAUGUGCCGAGGACACCACCUGCACACCAUUGGGGGCGUGGCUGGGACAGGCGCUUGCUCCCGUUGCAGCCAAAAGCGGUGGAAUCUCUUCAGCCCAAAUAAAAGAGCCAAAGAACCCAAGAGACCAAGACACGGAGAAGUCACUGUACUCUCCGUGGGAAGAUUUCGGGUUACCAAAGUGGAACAGAAGUCUGCUUCUAAGGACCGGAAAUACUUUGCGCCCAUCAGCGGAGGCCAGGCUGCUGAUGUGCCCUCUACCCCUGUGAAAGAAAGCUCCAAGGAACAGCCAGCUUCCGUUCCUCUCACCCCAGAAUCAAAAGAGCUGAAACCAACACCUACCAAGCACGGAAAAGGUGGGAGAUCUGAUUCAGGAUAGCCCUUUGGGACCGAAAGUUCAUGGGAGGCCCAGGCCAGGGGGAGAAAACAAGAAAGACCACUGGAGGGUGAAAAAAAAAAUGGCACCCUAAGGAUUUCUCAAGGAGGUAUUCGUAAAUGCAGCACCGUGCGCAGCUUUCACUAACUGAGGCUCUGCACCGUUCGGUCCCGGAUAAUUUAACAUAUCGUUAAUAAUGGAAUAUUUAGUGACAUUUACUCCUUCGAAGGCUACUGGGAUGUGCUGCCUGCAAUUUUAUAUAUGUGUUUUUAAACAUGCCUGUUCUCCUCCCCCCCCCCCGACAAAGCAGAACUUAACGAAAAACUCUCUCUGAAAAUGGGAAAAACCAAAAAUGGUUUUGUCCAAGCGUGUUUUUUUUUCUAUGCAUCGCAUGGCGUUGGGUCGAAGCAAACCCAAAUCAAGGUUAGUCUGAUCCUGCUCGUUUUCUUGACAACAGGAGAGGGAAAAUUGUGAGCCUAUGUUUUCGCCUUAAUUUAUUGCUGUUGUCCCAAGGGCUGCUAAAUAACGCACUGCCUCAUUACAUCUAUUCUGCAGCUUUUACUGUAAUUGUUGCUUGGUUCCCAAAGUCUUUUUUUAAUGUAUUUCUCCAAGCUCAAUUGAGCUGCUGAUUGAGUUUUGGAGAUGUAUCCGAGAAAUUAGUUAGAGGAUAGGCGUGCAAAUUUACCCUUACUUUUCGCCUCUUUCUUCGGGAUAACUGUGACAAUAAAUAUAUAGGUAAUCCUCAACUUACGAUCACAAUUGAGCCCCAAUUUUCUGUUGCUAAGUGAGACACUUGUUAAGUGAGUUUUGCCGUGUGUUAGCCACACGGUUGCUUAAGUCAACCCGGUUUCCCCCAUUGACUUUGCUUGCCGGAAGGUCGCAAAAGGUGAUCAUGUGACCCCAGGACCCUGCGACCGUUGUAAAUGUGAGUCGGUUCCCAAGCGUCUGAAUUUUGAUUGCGUGACCACGGGGAUGCUGCAAUGAUUGUGAAAAAUGGUCGUAAGUCACUUUUUUUUGAGCUGUUGUAACUUAAAACGGUCACUGAAUGAAGUGUUGUAACUUGAGGACUAGCUCCUUCAGCCGUCUGAGAUUCUGCACUCAUGGCUCUUUAGAAAGAUCGCUAUUGCUGAAGGGCAUCAAAACAGCUAGGAAAAGAAGGUAGGGCCUUAUUGGCUCAAUCUAAAAUAUGUCUGCUCAGAAGUACAUUCCAAUAAAUUGGAUAGAUCUUUUCCCUCAGGCUAGUCCAGGAGUAGGCAACCUUGUCUCUUUUAUGACUCGUGGACUUCAACUCCCAGAAUUCCUGAGCCAGCCAUUUUAAUAGGUAAGGUUUUAAGGUAGAGUUGGGGAACUACGGCCCCCUUUAUGAUGUGUGGACUUCAACUCCCAGAAUUCCUGAGCCAGCCAUGCUGAGGGGAAAGGGAGAGUUUCCAAGCUGAGCCAUGCUGACUCAGGAAUUCUGGGAGUUGAGGUCCACGAGUCAUAAAAGAGCCAAAGUUGCCUACCCCUGGUCUAGUCCAUAGAGUAGUGUUUGACCUUGGCAAAGUUAAAAUGUGUGGACUACAACUCCCAGAGUGCCUCAGCCAGCAUGGAAUCCUGGGAUUCGAAGUCCACACACCUUAAAAGCUGCUCAGCUGGAGAAACGGGGAUGUAGAGGAUUGCCAUCUACAAUAGCAUUCCUUAGGAAAAUAUAAAAUAUAUUUCCACAUAUCCCAUUUCAGGUGUACAGUACAGAUAGUCCUGGACUUACGACCACAAUUUUUGUUGCUAAGUGAGACAUUUGCUACCUGAGUUUUGCCCCAUUUUGCCACAGUUGUUAAGUGAAUCACUGCCCUCGUUAAAUUAAUA